AUGAUCUCCAUCAAGAAGUUUCUGAUGCUGCUGUUUGUCGGCGCCGCGAGUGCCCUACCAGCGGCUGACAGCAAUGGCCAUAUGUCUGAUCUGAUGCUCGAUAAGAGAAACCUUCUGGACCCAAGAGCAGCCUGCAAAGCUACUGAUCCCAACAACGUAGCCUUUAAGAAGAAAAAAGCCAAUGGAUCUGCCUUUUGCUCAGCCUAUAUCCAAAGCACCCUAUUAACUACUAUUACUCCCGUUAUGUGA